UUCAACUGAACUUUGCCAGUGAAAGCAAAGUUUCCAGGGUUAUCACCCUGCCCCUUCACCUGCAUUAUCUGCAAAUCAUAAACUGAGUGGAAGGAGAGAUAUGGGCAGGUUUAUAAAUCCCUCUCUGAGCUGAGGCUGCUUCCAGCCCCUCCUGCUGAGCUGAAGCUGGCUUUGUGCUCUCGCCACCAUGCCUGCCGAUUACAAUGGGACCUGGGAAAUGGUGACCAAUGACAACUUUGAAGGCUACAUGGUUGCUUUAGGUAUUGAUUUUGCAACUCGUAAGAUUGCAAAACACUUGAAACAAACAAAGGAGAUUGUACAAAAUGGAGACAAUUUUAAAACCAGAACACUCAGUAGUUUGAGAAACUAUGAUCUGGAUUACACUGUGGGAGUGGAGUUUGAAGAGCAAACCAAAGGGCUGGAUAACCGAGUGGUGAAGACCCUGGUGACCUGGGACGGUGACAAACUGGUCUGUGUUCAGAAAGGUGAAAAGAACAACAGGGGCUGGAAACACUGGAUUGAAGGAGACAUCCUGCACCUGGAACUGACAUGUGAGGACCAGGUGUGCCAUCAGACAUUUAAGAAGAAGAACUAAAUUGGAGCAGAAUGCCUCCCAGAUCUUCAUCACAAUGUCAUGCUGUUAUCUUUUGUCUAAAAAGAAGAAUGAAGCCAGAUUUUCAUUUCUUUGACACUUCUAUGUGAAUGUGUUAUGUGCCUGUUUAUGGAAGCAAACACAUUUUAUAGAAAUAACAUCAAGCAGUUACAAAGCUCAUAAAUUCCUUUGCCUUUCAGUCUGGAGUUAAAUAAAAGUACUUGUCUUUGAAUAA